AUGGAUGAGAUCUACAUGAUCAACCUGGACAACAAUGGGAUUAAUGAAGGGCAAGCAGGUUUAAAUGAUUCAACUCCUGCUUCCCCAGACCAGUAUCAGGAUAGAACUCAGGUUGCAGCCGAGAAAGCUGCCAGGAAGAAGCACAGUGUGAGUUUGGAGAAGCCUGAAGGUAUGGGUGCAGGUCUCCUGAACACGGGAAACACCUGCUACCUCAACGCAGCAUUGCAGUGUCUGACACACACACCACCUCUUGCCAACUACAUGCUCUCUCGGGAGCACUCUGGUAGCUGUUGUCACCAGGGAGACUGCACAAUGUGUGCCAUGGAAACUCAUGUGACCCAGAGUCUCCACCACUCUGGGGAUGUCAUGCAGCCCUCGAAGAAGCUGACUGCCACCUUCCACAAGGGCAAGCAGGAAGAUGCCCACGAAUUUCUGAUGUUCACCUUGAACACCAUGCACGAAUCCUGCCUUCGAGGGAGCAAGCACUCAGAAACCCCAUCUCAAGCCAGCAGCCUGAUUCAUGAGCUGUUUGGAGGCACAUGCAGAUCUCAAAUCAAGUGUCUCAGCUGCCGGGGCACCUCACAUUCUGUGAACCCCUUUCUGGACAUGCCCCUUGAUAUCCACGCAGCUCAGACUGUGAACCAAGCCCUGGAGGCUUUAGUGAAGCCCGAAGAGCUGAGUGGGGAAAAUGCCUACCACUGUGACCAUUGCCAGGAGAAGGUGCCAGCUUCAAAGACCCUGACGAUUGAGACAGCCUCACAGGUCCUUCUGCUGGUAUUGAAUCGCUUCUGCACCUUCACAGGUGGCAAAGAUGACAGGAACGUAAGUUACCCAGAGUAUCUUAACCUGAGGCCAUACAUGUCUCAGCCUGAGGGAGGACCGUUGUGGUAUGCCCUCUAUGCUGUGCUGGUCCAUGCUGGUGUGACUUGUCACUGUGGACAUUACUUCUCUUAUGUCCGAGCUGGCAAUGGCAAGUGGUAUAGGAUGGAUGAUUCUCAGGUUGAUGGCUGCGACGUGACUUCAGUCCUGAGUCAGCCUGCAUAUGUGCUCUUCUAUGUCCGGGAGACUGACCAAAAAAAGGACAGUCUUAAGCGGCCAGUAGGCACAGCCAUCAAGGCUCAGGUUGACUUUGAGAACAGAAAGCUCAACAGAGGGUCCCAGGUGGGAGCUGCAGAACCACCAGCACACAUGGAGAAGACAGCAUUUCAAGAAAUCUCCUUACAGCAGUGGAAAGUGCUUCAGGAACAGAACCGGCCACAAGCAGUGCUGAACCUCAGAAGACUGGAACCCACUCUGCCAGACAAUGCAGUUGUGAUUCACCAGCCCAGAUACACAGGGCAUGGGUGCAAGACAGAUCCCGACAAGGAGAAUUACCCACCUCACUAUUCUACCAGAUUCCUGCCCGCUCAGGGAGCCAUGAACACUGGACAGCUCUGCAGUCAGGGAGGAACAUCAAGAGGCAAGAAGAAGGAGAAGAAGAAGAAGCCGGGAUGGAGGCCUCUCCCUGUGUAG